GCGUCGGAUGCUGCAGGGGGAGUCUGCGCUCGCCCUGCUGGCGUCGCUGGAGCCAAAGCAGCCGUUGCUGCUGCAGGAGCGGCAUUUGGCAGAAGCUGUGCAGCAGGAGGUGGACGGGGCAGAGGCAGUGGAUGUGCACACCCACCUGUUCCCGACCAGCCAUGGCAGCGGGUUGAUGCAAUACGGCAUCGACUCCAUGCUGACCUACCACUACCUGGUGGCCGAGUACAUGGCUUCUGCACGCGAGGCCCCGGAAGAGUUCUACGCGCUGCCUAUCUGCGAGCAAGCUGACCGGGUUUGGCAGGGACUCUUUGUGGACUCCAGUCCCAUGUCCGAGCCCUGCCGGGGUGUUCUGACUACGCUCCAGGCGCUCGGCUUGCAGAAGGAGGCGGCGGCCAGGGACCUGCCGGCCAUCCGCCGCUGGUAUGCUGGCCAGGACGCCGAAAUGUUCAACGAGAAGAUGAUGCGACUGGCGAGGCUGCGCUACAUCAUCACCAGCCACGACCCCUUUGAUGCGGAGCAGACGGCUCUCUGUUUGGAGCCGCCGGCGAGCGCGCCACGCUACAAGAGCGCGCUGGCGCUGGACGAGCUGCUGGAGGGUAACUUCCCGGCGGCGUGCCGGGCCCUGGAGCUCCGCGCCAAGCCAAAGACGCUUCGCGCUGCCCAGGAGUUGCUUUGUGAGUGUGUAGCAGCGCUGCAGCCGGUCUUCGUGACCGCGGCGGCGCCGGAGGGCUUCGCCUACUGCCGCGGGGAGGCACGGCCGCCGUCGCAAGACAUCUUGGACAAGGACCUCAGCGAUCCGGUGUUCGUGCCCAGCUCGCAGCAGGUUCUGGACGCAUUGAUCCUUCCACUUUGUCAGCACUUCUCCCUGCCGCUGUCCUUGCGGAUGGGCACUCGCCGAGCAGUCAACCCAGCCUUGCGCCUGGCCGGCGAUGCGGCUGGCAGCGCGGAGCUGCGAUCACUGGGCCACCUCUGCGAGGCGAAUCCCAAGGUGAAGUUCCUCUUCACGGUGCUGAGCCGCAGCGAUCAGCACGAGGCCGCCGUGCUGGCAUCCAAGUUCCGGAAUCUUCACCUGUGGGGCUGCUGGUGGUACUGCAACUACCCGUCCGUGGUGGCGGAGACGGCCAGCCUGCGCUUGGAGCUGCUGGGGUUGAACUUCACCUACCAGGCCAGCUCCGCACGAGUUCACGAUCAGCUGAUCUACAAAUGGAUCCACGCGCGAUCCAUGCUGAAGAAGCUGCUUGCAGCGAAGUACUCGGAGCUGAUGGCCACGGGGUGGCAGGUGAGCCGCGGCGACAUCCGCCGGGACGUGUACCGAUUGCUGGGCGGGGCCUUCGAGGAGUUCUUGGCGAAGCCGUGAGGUUUGAUCCAUUGAGCGGGCGGCGGCAGGCGUGCAGACUGUACAGUGCACAGCGCGGCUUUGCAACUCCAGGGGCGAC